GCGUGCUCCUGCGUGAUGACGCAGCGCGACAACUGCGGGUCCCGAUUGCUGCAGCCGCUUGUCAGUGUGACGAAGAUUGGCACUCAGGUCGCCGCCCGUCCCCGCUCUAUAAUGCCCCAGUGUUUGCAGCGCCUGCAGUGAGCGAUGGCAGCCCAGCUGGUUUCCAUAGACAAAUACCCGAAGGGAGAGCAGCAGAUGCAAAGCGUGCUGAAGGUGGACGAUCCUGAGCAGAAGUUUCUCGACGGGACCCUGGUGGGCGUGCCCAGUCCAGCGCCUGGCGAACUGCAGACCCCCAUGGACGCAGAUAAAGCUUCUAUAUAUCGCCACCCUCUGUUCCCUCUGCUGGCGCUGCUGUUCGAGAAGUGCGAGCAGUCCACGCUCAGCUCCGACUGCAUCACCUCGGCCAGCUUCGAUGUGGACAUCGAGAACUUCGUCCGCUGUCAGGAGAAGGAAGGGAAGCCGUUCUUCAGUGAGGACCCUGAACUCGACAACUUGAUGGUGAAAGCCAUCCAGGUGCUGCGGAUCCACCUGCUGGAGCUGGAGAAGGUGAGCGACCUGUGCAAGGACUUCUGCAGCCGCUACAUCGCCUGCCUGAAGACCAAGAUGAACAGCGAGACCCUGCUGAGUGCAGAUCCAGGAAGCCCGUACUCCCCCGCACUGGGCCAGCCCCAGAACUUCUCCCCCACCAAGACUCAGGUGUGCACUACCCCCAGCUCCAUCUCAGGCACCAUCAGCCCCCAGGGUCAGAUUGUGGUGCCUGCCUCAGCCCUGCAGCAAGGAAACGUCACGGUCACAGCCGUCAACCCCACCCAGGUGGUCACAGGAGGAACCGUUUACCAACCGGUGACCGUCGUCACUCCCCAGGGCCAGAUGAUGACCCAGGCUCUGUCACCCGGGACAAUACGCGUCCAGAACAAUCAGCUUCAGCUUCAGUUCCACCAGGACCUGAACCUUUUCAAUCACGAUGACAACUCAACCAAGAACAAACGUGGCGUUCUGCCCAAACACGCCACCAACGUCAUGCGCUCCUGGCUCUUCCAGCACAUUGGGCAUCCGUAUCCAACAGAGGAUGAGAAGAAACAGAUUGCGACGCAGACCAACCUGACCCUUCUGCAGGUCAACAACUGGUUUAUAAACGCACGGAGACGGAUUCUGCAGCCGAUGUUGGACGCCAGCUCCUCCGAGGCUCCCAAAACCAAGAAGAAGACGCCACAGAACCGACCGCUGCAGCGCUUCUGGCCGGACUCCAUCGCAACGGGAGGAGGCGCGCAGCAGCAGGUCACCAUGCCCGACGGUACGCUGGUGACGAUGAACAUGGAAGGGCUGCAGAGCCUGACCUCAGACGGAGCCACGCUGGCGGUGCAGCAGGUGAUGCUGGGGGGCCACAGCGAGGACGAGUCGGAGGAGAGCAUAGACGAAGACGACGACGCGGACAUGGCCGGGCUGGGCCUGGACAACAGCGACUCGUUGCAGUAGGACGUCCUUCGUCACACGUGCAUGAAGUGUUGAAGCGGAUCUCCUCGGUGAAGAUGCGUUGGGUUCUCAUUGAGCACAAACGUUCAGGACGUCGUCCACGGCCGUCCUGCUCUCUUCCAACCUGCAGUCUGCGGAGUUUCACUUCCCAAACUGUUUUAUAACGAGUUUAUUCAUGUAGGUGAGUGCACUUUUUGUAUAUUUAAGCCCCAGAAACCAUGAAAUAGAAGAAAAAGAUGUGUUGAGAACACCACAACGUCUGUUCUGUUAUUAUCCACCGAUAGUUUUGAUCUGUUCCCCGUCCGUUCAGAUUUUAUUUUGGAUGCCAGCGUUUGAGAGCUGUAUAUGUAACGGAUUGUCUUCACCUUUUGCAUGCCUGUGUUUUGAGUAGACGUGCACACUCUUCCAGUGGACUCCACGUCCUGACGGAGGCCUCCAGGCCGCCGCAGGGCUCGGGUGGAGACAGAAACGUAGAGAUGCUUAUUUUUCUAUACGAACAUGAAAUGAGUGUUGUUUCUUUUUGUGCUCAGUUUUGUAAGGAAUAUUUCUGUACAGAUUCCUAAUUAAAACAAGCGGCCCUGUUUUUCAGGGUUCCUUUGAAGUUUUUUUAAAAACGGCUAAAGAAGUCAAGCUAUUUAAAUUGGUUUUAAACUUGUCGUACCACCAAGGUCAAAACUUGUUCUUUUAUAAAGACUUCUUGGCAGGAAGCACAAACGUCUGAGCCGCGAUGAAAUUGGCCAAGAAGACACUAAACUGCAGAAUGCUGUUUGUAAAGCUUGUGAAUAGUUUCACUUUGUGUGCCGACGCCUGGCCGUGCCCCGAGGAGACGACCCGACCGGUCGCGUGCAGCGCACCUCAAAUCAUUUCAUCUCGACGCACAAUCCAGAACACUAUGCUAACAACACAAUCACGCUCCAGAGUGGACUACAUCACAGACAGGAAGCAACGGACACUUUGCACACAUCCGGUUUUUAUUGUUCUGUACAUAACGUGUCGCUGUGGAGCGGGACCCGGUGUUCAUGGACCUGCAUGAAGCUCCGCCCACCGCCACAGACAUAAAUGUAGUGAAAGAUGUGAACUCUCAUCAGAUGUUUUUAUCGCACAAAUCGGGGGGCCUGUUGUUGAACUCUGUCAUGUUGGACAGCAGUGAUCUGGUUUGUGUCCCUCCUGAGACUUCUUGUUUUUUGAUGUGGCCUCGCAGAGCUUCGUUCUUCACUUGGGUUUGUCUUGCUUUUUAUGAAGCGUUGUUCACGUUCUCUCGUCUGUUUUGCCUUAGAGCUUUAUAUUUUGGAAUAAACGAUG